UCACACACUCCUCUCAUCUGUGUGUGUGUGUGUGUUGGAGCUGUUGCUGGUCUCAUGCUCAGGGAACUGUACGGAUCAGAGUCAUGGAGGAGGUGAAGGUGGGGGGCUGCAGGGGGUCUGUCUGCCUUUUUAUAUUUGCUGUAAACUUUAAAUCAGCUGGAACUGAAUGAAUAACAUCUCCAUUAGAGGAGCGCGCGCUCUGGAGGAACCGCAGGCACGGUAGAGCUGCCCACUUUCUCUCCAGUAUGAGCAGAAGAGUCUCCAUGGUGAGUUUCGCCAUGGUUAUGGCCCUGCUUUGGUCAAUCCCCACUGACUGUCAGCUCCCAGCAGACCACAAGAAGGUUUCUCCUAGGUCAGAAUCCCAGCCGGGAGUUAAUGAUGACGUCCCUCAGGGGUCGUGGGGCUCCUGGGGCCCAUGGGGUGAAUGUUCCCGCUCCUGUGGUGGGGGGGUCCACCAGCAAACGAGGCCGUGCCUCCCAACCGUCACCCCUCUAGCUGCAGCAUACACUCCCAGACAGGCUCCUCAUGUGGGGCACCAGGAACCGGGACACGUGGAAUCAGCCUUGAGGCCCUCUGUGCCAGUGCAUCGCGGGAAUACACACCUCACCAGCCGUGGGCAGCCUAGGAAGCAGCAGAAUGAAGUACGACCUGGGCGACGGCGGAGCAGCAGCCGCAUCACUCCUGGAAUGUACGGCUACGGGAAGAUGCCGUAUGUGAUGUCCUCACAGAGCGACCAAAAUAUACACACCAACCUGCACCAGUAUCGCCCCCCAUCCGACUACAGACACCACAGCUACAGACGACAGCAGCAGCAGCAGCAGCUGAACAACAGAAAUACUCACCAAAUCACCCACCACAACUCUCACCACAACACCAACCAGCAGACCUGGGUUCCUUUAUAUCAGCCCAGCUCUGGCCUUCAGAGUCAAACCGAGCAGCAGUAUCCUACUGGCACUCAGACGUCAGGGUCCAGCCAAACGUCCACUCAGACCAGACCCUACAACCCCCUGCCAGCUUCCUCCUGCUCCGGAGAGUCCAGCCUGUACAAGAAGUGCAACACAAAUCCCUGUCCUCCAGCCAGUAAGCCUGUCAGAGACGUCCAGUGUUCCUCCCAUAACAGCCACCCGUUUAUGGGCCGACUCUACGAAUGGGAACCUUUCAAUGAGGUUCCUGAAGAUCAGCUGUGUGAGCUAAACUGCCGGGCGAUUGGGUACCGCUUCUACGUCCGGCUGUCAGAGCGGGUCAUCGAUGGGACUCCAUGUGGACAGAAUGAGACGUCCAUCUGUGUGGCUGGGAAAUGUCAGAGUCCUGGCUGUGAUGAGUUCCUGGGCUCGGGGAAGGAGAUGGAUAAGUGUGGGGUGUGUGGAGGGGAUAACACCGCCUGCAAGCUGGUCUCUGGCAUGUUCCAGCACAGCCUGUCCAAAGUGGGCUACCACAAGAUCGUGGAGAUUCCAGAGGGAGCUACCAAGAUCAACGUCACCGAGAUGGUCAAGAGCCAGAACUACCUUGCCCUGCGGAGCCGUGCUGGACGAUCCAUCAUAAACGGAAACUGGGCCAUCGACCGGCCAGGAAAGUACGAGGGAGGGGGGACCAUGUUCACAUACCGGCGGCCCAAUGAAAUCAGCAGCACAGCUGGAGAGUCCUUUCUGGCAGAGGGGCCGACCAAUGAAGUCCUGGACGUCUAUAUGAUCUACCAGCAGCCCAAUCCUGGAGUGCAUUAUGAAUACAUCCUUCCAUCAGAAAACUCAGUUUUGCAGGGCAGUGCAGAUGAUGCAGGUAACACAGUGACCAGUGAAACAGGAUAUGAUCAGUACGGUCGGACGUCUCAGGAAGGAUACGAACAAGGAGGAGGACACAGGUACCCUCCUCACACACCCGACAACCAGGUACCUGCAGCCCAGCCCCCACGCAGACAGAGAGAGCAUAACUGGAAACUUAUUGGAACAACUGACUGCAGCGCCUCCUGUGGCAGAGGUAGCAGGUAUACUGUGUUUGGCUGUGUUCACCGCAUCACUCACGACCGUGUGUCGGACACUCUGUGUGACAGCAGUACCAAGCCCAGCGCUCAGGAGGAGCCCUGCAACGUCCAGCCAUGCCCUGCAUUUUGGGAUAUUGGCGAGUGGUCAGAGUGCAGUAAGACGUGUGGCCUCGGCAUGCAGCACCGUCAGAUCCUCUGCCGCCAGGUUUACGCCAACCGCACCCUCAACGUGCAGUCCAGCCGCUGCCGCCACCUCGAGCGCCCCGAGAGUAGCGGCACCUGCCAAAUGAAGAUCUGCAGCGAGUGGCAGAUCCGCUCCGAGUGGAGCCCUUGCUCGGUGCCCUGUGGGGUGGGUCAGAGGUCGCGGGAGGUGCGCUGCGUCAGUAACGUGGGUGAUUUUGUGGAGGAUGAGGAGUGUAACAUGAAGCUUCGUCCCAGCGAUGCGGAGAACUGUGACAUGGGACCGUGUGCAAAGAGCUGGUUCCACACAGACUGGGCCAACAGAUGCUCUGCAGAGUGUGGGAUGGGUGUACGGAGUCGUAGUGUGGUUUGUCUUAUUAACCACAUCAGCAGUCUGCCUCUAGAAGGCUGUGGGUCAGAGCGCCCCCCAGAGGUUCAGGCCUGCAACAACAGGCCCUGUGAGAGCCGCACUGAGUGGUUCACUGGGCCGUGGGGUCAGUGCUCUGCAGAGUGUGGAACAGGCAGCCAGCAGAGGGCUGUAGUGUGUCUGAUGAAGUCGGAUGAAGGAUAUAAUGUGAUGCCUCCGUAUGAAUGCUCUUCCUUGGACAAGCCCCUCGGUCAGCAGAGCUGCCACAUGAAAGCCUGUGGAGCCAAGUGGUACUACACGUCCUGGAGUGCAUGCUCAAAGACGUGUGAGGGGGGGUUCCGUGUACGAGAAGUGCGCUGUCUCUCUGAUGAAAUGACGCCGAGUGAGGGAUGUGAAGAAGGACUGAAACCAGAGGAGAAAGAAGAGUGUAACACUCAGCCGUGUGUUCCACAAAUAGAUGAAAACUGUCGAGAUAAGUACUUCAACUGUAACGUGGUGGGCCAGGCGCGCCUGUGUGUGUAUAACUACUACAAGAUGGCGUGCUGUGCCUCCUGCACACGCGUGGCACAGCGACAGUCAGCAUCCAGAAGCUACAGAUAGGACUGAGCCUCUGGGAGCUUCACCCACCUCCAGCCUGCCACUAGAGGGUGCCAUGAGCAGAGAAACAGCAUCACUCCGAGAGAAGCAGCUUUGGGGGCUGUCAAACAAACAAUGGGGUCACGAGGAGAAAAUAAUUUUGACGCAGCUUUAUGGGAACUGAAAAAGUUGGAUAACGCUGUGAAGGAACUUUCUAGAGGACUCGUUUUUGGCCGAGGGUUCUGACCUGGGACUUCAGAAGCAGAGCGUCUUGGAUUUUGAUUCUCCUGGAUUUAACUAACUGUAGUCGGUCAUGGGACACUUGUGUAAGAGUGAUGACCACAGUGACUCAAAGUGGCCCAUCGGGGUCAUUAAACGGUGCUUUUUUAUUAUUAACUCAAGGUGAAGAAUCUGAGAGAUUAUUACAGAAUUUCACAGAACAUGUGUGUGUGUGUGUGUAUAUAGUGAUCUACAAAUGCAAACCCAGCAAAUCAACAGCAUUCAUACCUGAAAAUAUAAUUCACUGAUUAAAUACAACAGAAAAAACUACAGAAAAGCUGCCAAACCUUUUUUUUCAGGCAUUCUGCUAAUAAGCUCUGACGAAUCUGAUUUUUUUACUUCAGGUUCUUAAGUUAUGAUACUUACUUAAGAUACUUACAUACCCAGCCCAGUUAUUGGUAAUCAAAUGUUUAACCCAUUCAUUCAUCCAUCCGUCUAAUCAGCUUCUUCCUGAUACAGAACCUAACCUGAAAUUAUUGGGUGCAAAUUAGAAAUACCAUCUGAAAGGUGCUUCAUUCAAUCACAUGGUGCCACACAUAUACAAUCACUCACAAUUUUAAACCUAGUGCUCAUUUUAAAUCUUUUAGAAGCUGUACAAAACUACUGUGACAAAAACACCCAAACUCAUAAUAUUAUAAUGAAAUUAUAUAAAAAUUAAGCUUUUUAAACAAUUUCUGAAAAUUAAAUUAAUCAGUUGAUCCAACUAGUCAAAAACAGACUUAUUCAGUUGAAAUUAUAAAUUAAAAUGUUUUUAUAUUAAUUUUUCACAAUAACCAUUUUUACAAAUGAUGACAGAAUAAUUCCACAUUAGUGAUCUUUAUUGCAUUCAACCCACAGCCACACUCAGCGCAUCAAAAUAAGCUGUAAUCUGUCCUACAGCCUUCAACACUAUCUAACCAUAUAGGGGAUGGUAGUAUGGGAAGAACACUACACAGUAAUGGUGAAUAAAGGGAAAAGACACACCCAGUACUAAAAUACUAUCUAAUAUCAAGGUCACACUGCUCAAAAAGUGUACCCAAAAUUAGUUCUGGGCACAGCCCUGUCAGAUCAUACUAAAUCUAUAAAUAUAACAUAAUUCUAUGUGCAAAUUAAUUAGAUUGUGUGUGCAAAAAAGUAUUAAAAAACACUAGAUUCAUUGGGUUUCAUACCAGCAUAUUUUCUCUUUAUGUUAGACCAACAGCUUCUCAAAACCGUUUUCUUUAGUGCAGACACAUAGAGAACACACACCACAUACCCCCACAGACAGUGACUGAAGCAGUGAUCGAACCCGCAUAAAAAAAACGUAGUGUACACGGGACAUAAAAAAAAAAAACGUAUAAGCUUCCAAGUCUACACUCUAAAAAAUAAGGUGAAAUAUGUGAUUUAAACCAAAUUUUAGUUAUACUACACGUGUCAAAGCUCUUUCUACAAUGUUGGUUUAUAAAGCUUUCCUAUAAGGCUCCUGGUACCAUAUAUUUGCAUAUUGGGUGUGGCCUCUCCCUUACUUACCAUCUUUGUGUUCUAUGUUGCUCAAAACUACCUUAUCUUAGACAUGCGUGAGACAUUGGUGAGAUGUGUUUCUUAAUUGCCAAUUCUCUAUGUUGUAGGACUGUGGUUGUUUUCUAGCUUUGGCUCAGCUAAACCUGAAUUUCAAGUUUUUUAUAUAUUUACCAGUUAUUCAAGUCAAAAUAAUAAGUGAAUUAAGUUUAACCUUUUUUAUAGUCAUCUGUUGUUUAUCAUGAAACUACAGGUGCCAUGCUAAUACUCCUAAAUUCACUACGGUUCCCACAAUACCAUUCAGUUCCAAUAUCUCACAACUUCUUAAAUUUAGUAUUUGUGCAUACUUUGUAUUUUCUAUGCAACAGCAUGCACUGAACCUGGUCUGUUACACUAUUUUACUCUUCAGUGUUUUUCAAUUUCAUAUUUUUACCAAAGGGGUUGCCAAAUCCUCAGAUUUUACACAGAAUGGAUUUAAUAUAAAAAUAAAAAUAAAAGUUUUUUUUUUUUAAAUCAGUAAUACUAAUGAUACUGCAUACUGUGUUUCUUAUCUACAUUGAACAUCCAUUCUAAAACAAGUCUUAUUAAAAACUGAUAUACCAAAAUAAUCCAGAUAAUGAUGAUACUUUUAGUGUGGAUUAAAUAGAUCUUUAUUUCCAGGUUAUGUUUUAUUUGUACAUUAAUUCCAGUUACUUUUUUUUUUAAAGUAUAUACAAUGUACAGGGUCAUUCUUAUACCCUCAUAAUGUCAAAGAAGCCCCUAAGAAUUAGAAAACUAGGAAGCAGAUUUUACUAUUUUUUUUUUUUUUUGUAUCUCAGGAACAGAGUCUGAUUUUCAGGUUCAUAUACAAGCAUUUCUUUUACAGACAGACGAGCAGCUGAGCAGAAAGCUAGUAUUCAGAUCUGUACCGGCCUUAUAGCAGCUAUAACAUAAAGCCUUUAUGACUAUUCAGCUUCUUUAUCAUAACGAUAGCUGAGAUUUAGAACAGAUGUACUGUACCUGUUUAUAAGGAGAAAGUCAACAUAGGAGAACUGAGGUUUUGCAGCUGUAUUGUAUGUAUAAGCACAUAGACUGACAGCUAUACAGUGUAUAAACAUAACCACUAAUUUAUAUUUCUGUAUGUUUUGUUUAAUUCAGUGAUAUUUAUAUGGUGAAGCUAUUCAGACAUGUUUACAGUUGUAAUGGUUUGUUUAUCACAACACUCAGCCUCAUCAUAAUCCAUUCAGAGAAUGUGUUACUGUUUUAUAGAACCGAUUAAAGCCUUACGAUUGAAAAAUCAA